UGAAAAUCCACCUGCUAUCCUGCCACCAAAUCUGCAAAUCUGACCAUGUAAUUUUUCUGCAUGGUGCAUGGUGGCCCGUGGCACUCCUGACCCCUGGUACUGGCCAUCACGAGUUUUACUGAUGACGGCAACUUAUGAGACCAAGAAGCAGAGGAUACAGGAUUUCCCUAGGCCUGUAGUUAUUUCAUGGAGAGGUCUAUGGCAGCCGAGGAAGCCACUCCAAGCAGCCAGGAAGAAGAGGACAGCACUUUGGACCUGCCAUCCGUGUGUGAUAUAAGAGAUUAUGUGCUGCAGAGACCCAGCCCGGAGGCCAACAGCGAGAGUCUCAGUUCUGGAGAAUUCCAUUCUUUUCCUUGCUCUUCUGAUGUGGAUCCAGAGGAAGAAGCCUUAAUGACCUGCAGACUAAUUGGAGAGAAGAUAUGGCCUUCCCAGUCAAAUUUCUCACAUCAGGCAUGGCAUACUGAACUAUGUUACCAUUUGAUCUUCUAAAAUGAUGGCAUUGACCAAUCUGAACAUUGAAGUUCACUUAUUCAGUCAGAGGGUCAUAAGGGGACAUAAGGGAACUGCUAAACAGCGAGUGCCAAGCAGGUACCCUACUUGACUUUCUUGAUCAGCUGACACCUCAAGCAAUGUGUGAAAGUCCUCUGUAUUCAGCCUCACUGAUUUUGGUGCUGCCUCCCCAGGAAGAACAAAAGCUUUUGCUUUCAGAGAGACCAAGUGCCUUAGGGAGGCAGUGGCGCAGCUUUGAGAACAACUUAAUGUCAUGUCAACAAAGCUGACUUUAUGUAGGAUGAGAAACGCAGCUUGCAGAAACCCUGGCUGUGCAGGUUGAGUAGAAAUGCCAACUCAUUGACAAGCUUCGUGCAGCUGCAAAAGAGUAUGGAGAGACUGAGUCAUAUUCACAGAAUCUCCAGCAAGAAAAAGAAUCUUUAAAUAUACCUGUCCUUAUAGACACAUAAAGGAAAGGGGAUCAAAUUGAUUGUGAGACAGGAAAUAACUUCCCUGGUACAAGGAGUGAAGGCAGAGAGAUCCAAACUUUCCAAACAAGAACAGGUGAUUUCAGGGAUGAUUAAAAAUUGAGAUUUUAGGAGAAGUCCUGGGAAUCACCACAUCACAAGGAGAUUUUUCAAACCUGCAAGCUCUACUGGUCCAUUCCCCAGCAAUGGGUGUGGGUCUUAAAGCGGAGCUGUCACCCUCCCUCCACUCAGGGCCCCAGAGCUGCCAGACUGUGUUCACCACCUUGACUGCAUCCGAGGAUCACUGAGACCAGUGGUUCCAGGGGAGCCGCUCCUUGGGCUGGAUUUCCUCCUCCUCCACAUGCUGAACACAGCGGUCAGCUCCUUCAAGGUCGACUCCUCCCAAUCUAAGGAAUAUUGUUAUUCCUAGAACAUGACAAGAAAUGUGGAACUUUCUUCCUUUUCAGACAAGGUUUGAAUUCUCUCUCA